AUGGCUGCUACCAUGAGUGGUGUGCUUCGUGCUGGUCUCCGGCAAAAAACUAAAGCAAUAGUUAAUCUUCCACGAUUGCUGGGUGGAUGGAGGUCUUCCUCCGAUUCAACAGUUUCGAAAAAUGUUUCUAAUGAUGAGACCGAUGCUGGUACGGCCGACAAUAAUAAUGUGAACUCAUCUACCACUUCAAAACCCAAGAAAGAGUCAACCUUAAGUAAAUUUGUUCGAGCGGUCGAACUCUGGGAUGACAAAUAUGACGUUGAUACCCUUUCGCAAGAACCAACAGGAACCGAGGAUUUGAAAGACGAACAGGGCACGUCAUUUGCGAGCAUGUUACGGAAUUCUAAACUCUUUCAGCUUGGUCACCCGGCGGGUCGCGUGGUACAAGGUAGGAUCUUUGAAGUUCAAGGAGACGACCUUUACAUCGAUUUUGGAGGAAAAUUCUACUGUGUAUGCAAAACACCUCAGUUGAGACCACAUGAAUAUCGCCGCGGCACACAAGUCAAAUUGCUGCUCCAAGACCUAGAAAUGUCAGCUGCGUUCUUGGGAUCGACUAAACACAUUACCUUACUGGAAGCUGAUGCCACAUUAAUUGGACGACGACGCAAUCCUCCUCCUUCAUCGUCGUCUUGA